AUGGGGCUGCGGGUGUUCGUGCUGUGUUCGUUCGUCUGGUGUUUCGGACACGCCGCACAAUACACGCCGAUCGACGGUGUGGACGGCAACGAUUGCGCAGUCGUGCUCGAAGGAUCCAAACAUUUCAUUUACAACAGUGGAAAGGGUUCACCGCACCGCUCGGCGGCUCACAUGUGUAUCACGUACGACACGGUCAACAGAGCUUUUCUAGACGUCCAAAACCGCCACACGCUGCUGGAACCCAACGACCAAUGGGGCCCUGUGCACUUUGCUAGACUUGGAGAGUUGCUGCUGGACGUGUCACAAGUGCUCGCAAAAAUGUACGAUUUGAAUGCCGACGACGUGAGCAAAUUCUUACCUGCCAUCGACACUUCCAAGACGCUCAUCCGAAACGUGUGCCCUUCCUGUUUGACAAGGGUGGUGUGCAAACCAGGCAAGUACCGUAGGCCCGACGGGCUGUGCAACAAUGAGGAGAACCCGACGUGGGGUGCUACCAUGUCAACGUUCAACAGGCUGAUGCCGCCACGAUUUUCAGACAAGUUGUCCUCGCCCAAGUCGUCGGCUUCUGGUCAGCCUCUGCCCAUGGCCAGGGUCGUUUCCCGAACCAUUCACCCUGACGAGGGGCUACACGAGCACGCUGGCACCGUCAUGUUGGUCGCCUGGGGACAGUUUAUUGACCACGACUUGACUCUGACGGCUACUCCGUUGGACCCGGUGAACCGGAACGAACCCGAGGAAUGUUGCGGCCGUCCGGAUCACUUGAAGAACAAAUACUGCUACGAGAUCAAAAUACCGGACGACGAUAAUUUUUACAGGAACCACAACGUCAGAUGUCAGGAUUUCGUGCGAGCGUUUCCAGGCGUCAAGCCCGACUGUAAAUUGGGACCUAGGUCCCCGUUCAACCUACUCACCCCGGUGAUCGACGGCAACACCAUUUACGGAGUCGAUGAAACGUUUUCCCGGUAUCUUAGGUCUGGAUACACGGGACAGCUGAGAAUGAACCCGGCGUUCGCAAAUUUGGGGUUGAAAGAACUGUUGCCCAUGAAAUUGAACAUCCCGGACGAAGGUUGUAUCAGGUCGAAUUCUUCUCAGUACUGUUUUGAAUCAGGUGAAAUUAGAGUGAACGAACAGCUCGUUCUCGCGUGCAUCCACACGCUGAUGGCGAGAGAACACAAUCGGGUGGCUAAAGAGCUGUCACAAAUAAAUCCGCACUGGAACGACGAAAUGCUCUAUCAGGAAGCCAAAAGAAUUGCAGUGGCUGAAAUACAACACAUAACGUACAACGAAUUUCUGCCCAUACUUUUAGGCAAAGACGUGAUGGAUAAACAUAGCUUGACGAACAGAAAAAAAGGACAUUGGAACGGAUACGAUUCAAACGCGAAUCCCAAUAUAUUGGCUGCGUUUUCGGCUGCGGCCUUUCGUUUCGGCCAUUCACUGCUGCCGAAUGUCAUUGAACGCUGGAGUAAAGCUCACGGUUUUAUCGCUUCCAAGAAAUUAUCUGACUUGAUUCGUCGGCCGUUCGAUUUGUACAGGGCCGGUGCCAUAGACGAGUAUCUGAUGGGCCUCAUGAACCAAGUCGCACAGGCCAUGGACGAUUCAAUAACUCAAGAAGUGACCAACAAUUUGAUCAAAAAGCCGGGCAAAGGUUUUGGUUUCGACCUGGUGUCGUUCAACAUACAGAGAGGCAGAGACUUUGGGUUGCCCGGUUACAUGGAGUACAGACGUCACUGCGGGUUGACCGUGGCCAACAGAUUCGAAGAAAUGGCAGGAUUCAUGCCUAAUUCGACCAUACAACGUUAUCAGACGAUAUACUCAUCACCUUUCGACAUCGACUUGUGGUCUGGUGGAGUGUCGGAAAAACCGGCGCAAGGCAGUGUGGUUGGACCGACGUUCGGUUGCAUAAUUGCAUCUCAAUUCAGUCUGUUGAAGAGGGGCGAUCGGUUUUGGUACGAAUUGCCCGACCAACCGUCUUCGUUCUCACCGGAUCAGUUACAAGAGAUCAGAAACGUCCGGUUGGCGCGUUUGGUUUGCGACAAUACGGACAUCAUAGACACGGUUCAAAUGUAUCCGAUGGUGUUGUCGGAUCACGAACUGAAUCCUAGGGUCCCGUGUAGGAGUGGCGUCAUACCUAGGAUGGAUCUGAGCAAGUGGGCCGACUCGACACUGGAUACGGCUGAACCCAACACCAGACUCUCUAACGUAGAGAAAAAUCUCAAAUCCGGUAUGACGGAAGCAAAGAUACAGUUCUGCGAUGACUGCAACUCGACGACUGCGGACACCGGGAUUGGAUUGGCAGAUCCGGGAACGAGGGUGAUCACGAUCAUCGAAGCGACUGACGAGCUGGAUGGCAACGCGGUGAUGAACUCAAACGCCAUUUUUGGCGGCAACGACAAGAGGAUGAAACGGGGUGCUGAAGCCGCAUCGCUGGCCGGAAACGGGACUGUGGACGCCGACGACGACCCGUCGUUGUCUAAAGAGAUGGUGCUGGCCGGGCUGGACGUGCCCAAAGCGGCGCCAAUCAAACGGGACGUGGCCGACGGGUUGCCGGACAUGACGCAAGCCAUCAUGGAGCAGCGUGUCGACUACGAUGUGGACGAGGAAUUCCAGGCGGCCAACGGCCACGGAUUCGAAGCCCCUAGAACCAGGCCGGUGAACAAUUACCGCGGUUACAGUAGCCGCCGCCCCGAAGAACACUUGGAAGACGACGGCGAUGACUUUGACGACGGUGACCAUAAUUCGCACUACGAGUACGUGCCCAUGGAGUUCGACAACGAAGGCAACCACAGACCACUAACUUUGCCAAACUACUUGGACUCUAAGAAGCCCGUCAAGUACAACAAGUACGGUGCGUCCAAAGCACCGUCAUAUCCACGGCCGCCCGCUUUCAACAGUUACGGGAGCGGUAGCGGGAGCGGUGCUUCACAGCUGCUGCACGGCCAUGACUUCGUUCCGCUACGUGGCGGAAGUAGUGGAGGAGGCUUUGGAGGUGUAGGUGGAAGUAGUUCAGCAGCGGGAUAUUCGUAUGGUGUGGGCGGUGGUCUGCAGUCUGACGGCGAAUUUGAUGACUAUCGAGACGUACCGUCACCGUACUCCGGUCGCCCAUCGGGUGGCAGAGGUGGACCCAAGUCGUUCGUGUCGAUGACUCGAAGCAACUCGGACGAGGCUGAUGCGGGAGACGUAAUCAAUAUCGAUCACGGGCGAGGUGCGUACGACGAUGGUCCGUCACGUGAUUACCGUGGUUACUCGUCCGCGGACCACGAUUACGAGGAGGAUACGUACCGCGGUCACGGGCCCUCGAAGUCGGUACCAAAGUCGCCAUACUUCUAUCGCUCCACCGAUUACGCUCACGAACCAUCAUCGACUUCAGUCCAGUCCAGGAUACACGACGUCGACGCCGAAGGCAAGCCGCCGAAGUCGAAAGCCUACUGGAGCAUGUCGUACGUGCAGGACGUUUAG